UUAAUUUAACUGUUUUAUCAUUUUAAAUUGAAGUAUGACAUCCACAGAAGCCGUCAAUUCCGUUGAUAGUAGUUCUAAAACUGAUUUUAAGAAUGUCUUAGCUCUUGCCAAAGCUCGAGCAGAAGCUUUGAAAACUGAGAAACGACGAAUUGAAGAAGUUAUGAAUAGUUUUGAUCCAAAGCGGCCUUCCGUUAUGCUAGAUUCGCAAUAUCUCGGUUUGGGAUUCGUCACUAAGAAAGAUGUACUAAUUCCUAACGUUAUGGCGGGGCUUGUUAUUGGUAAAAACGGUGAAACAAUUAAAAAAAUACAGGCUGAAUCCGGAGCCCGUGUUCAAGUCGCCACGGAAUCCCACGAUGGUGGGAACAACCGCUAUGUCUAUGUUGCGGGGACGGAAGAGCAAAUAAGAAAAGCGGAGGUUGUCAUUCGAGAAGUUAUAGAUCCGCCCUCAUCAUCAUCCGGACAUAUUACAGAGAAGCUCGGUGUCCGGGCGGACAGAGUCGGGUUGGUUAUUGGGAAGGGUGGCCUGACUUUGCGCGACUUGCAGGAGCGCUCUGGAGCGCGCAUUUCUGUUAUUCAAGAGUUGGUGGUGGAGAGGAACGAAAAAGACGUUCAGAUUACGGGGACGCCCGAGUGCGUUCACCUAGCUAAGCAGCUUAUUUAUAACCUCGUGGCGGCCAUGGACGGGGGUAUUCAAGGGGUCAGGCCUGCCACCAUCGUUAACCAAUACGGAACUCCUGUUCUUAACCAAGUGGAGAAGAUCAUCCCACGAUCUUUUGUGGGGCUCGUAAUUGGCCAGAAAGGCGCUACUAUUAAGAAACUACAAAUGGAUACGGGCGCGAUGGUGCAGAUGGGUCCUGAUAACUUGCCGGACACCCGCGCGCUUAUCAUAUCCGGCACUCCGCAGCAAAUUCAAGCGGCACAGGCUCAAGUUGAUUUGCUGCUUCAAGGGAAUUCUCUUGGGACCAAUGGCGAAGAGUUUAAGGUUCCAAUAGACAAAGUUGGUUUGGUCAUUGGAACAAAGGGCGACACCAUUAAGGCGAUCCAGCAGCAGUCGGGCGCUCGAGUCCAGCUCAUACAAGAGGCCCCACCUAAUUCGCCCUACAAGAUCUUUAUUUUGCAGGGGACACCCCAACAACUGGCCAGCGCGAAAGCCUUAAUUAUGGAGAAGGUGACGGGAAUGGUGGGGGCACAGCCGGCCUAUCCCCUGUCGCCAUGGCCACAACAGGCCUAUCAGCAGUCCCCCCAGGCCUUUCCUCAGUACGCCCAACAGCAGCAGUACGCCUACGCCGCUUAUACUCAGUAUCCCCAGCAAGUCCAGUCUCCACAGUCAUGGAACGGCCAGUAUGUUCAGCCCUCCGCGGCAGCAGCCAUGCAGACUCAGCAGCCGCCCACACCUUCUCAGCAAGCCUACUAUGCCCAGGCGCCUUCGCAAAGUCCCAUGCCACAAUCUCAAGGUGUGAACGGCUACGGCGCUGGCGGCGACUUGGGAACGCCCGGUCAGCACUCUCAGGAGUCACUCCAGUCGCAGGAUCCGAACCAGAGCCUCUCUGCCAGUGCGGAGGAGGCGACCCUGGAUGGCUCUUUAAGUGCCGUUGGCGAGCUCACUCUCGAGCAGCAGUGGCAGAAUUGGUACGCGUGGCAGGCGUACUACGCACAACAGGGCAUUACUUCGGCCCAACCGCAGCAGCAGCAGCAGUAUACCACCUCAGCCGGCUAUUAUCAGCCUCAAGCCCAGCAGCAGACGGACUCCCUCCCACCACCGCCUCCUCCCUCUGUCUAAGGCUUUUGUUUUACCUGCUUUGUUAUUGAAUAUUUUCUCAAGUGGAUGUAAUAAAGUUUUUA